ACAAGCACGAUUGUCGUACAGUGCUGAACGGUAUAAAAAACAUCAAGUUUCCACUAUUGAUUAAAUGAACACGAAUUUAAUAAAAACCCAAUGUUACUGCAAUAUACUAAAAAUUGUUACAACCGUUUAUCCAGUCCGUAUUAUAUAUUGCUUACGUAGUACGCACAACCACUUUCAUAACAGGAACGACGAUUAAGUGCCUCAAGAUUUGCGUUGCAUCAGUACCUCUGGACGCGGCAGUGUGAACUUGUUUCCUUGAAGCAUCAGCUGGUGGCUGGCUGCCGUUAGAUCAUUUUUAAUAUGUCGCAGAGGAAGCUGAAGAAGAAGGAGCAGGAUGUGGCUCCAAUACCUUUGGAAGACAAGCCUACUAAGCUGGAUUAUACUAUUGCAAGCUACAUGAAGAAGAACACACCAACUAAACGCACCAAAUUUCUUCAUCAUCAGGUCAACUAUUUUUAUGCUUCUAAAGCCGUGGACGUUCUCCUGGACUCACAGUGGGCUACUGGGAAAGAUGCCAUCUUCAGGGACCGCCAAAGUGUUGUUGAUUACUGCAACAAACUGCUGACUCAGAAGUUCUUCCACCGCGCCCGUAAGAUUCCCGUCACUGAGAGAGAUCUUAAGCCGAAGGAGCUGAAGAAAAAGCGGGAGAAGGAGGAAAAAGAGAAGGAAAAGGAGAAGAACAAGAAAGAAAAGAUCAAAAAGAGAAAAGAGUUGAGCGAGAGCGAGGACACCAAGAAAGAAGAUGAUGACCAAAAUGAUGAUCGAAACUCAUCCACGAAGAAGAAAAGGAAAAUUAAACUUGAUAUGCACCUGGAACAGUUGUUCGUGGACGGUUCUGACGCGUACGUGUGGAUGUACGAUCCCGUGCCUUUCUGGUACUACAUCGCCGGGGCGCUGUGCCUGCUCGCUGCCGUCGCUAUUUGCCUCUUCCCGCUGUGGCCUCCCAUGGUGCGAAAAGGCGUGUACUACCUGAGCGUGGCUGCAGCGUCUUUCCUGGGCGUGAUCCUUGGUCUUGCGGUUGUCCGCUUCAUCGUCUUCCUGAUAAUCUGGGUGCUGUCAAUGGGGCGUCACCACCUGUGGCUCCUCCCGAACCUCACCGAGGACGUGGGCUUCCUUGCUUCCUUCUGGCCCCUUUAUCACUAUGAGUACAGAGGUGCUGAUUUCGAUCGUAAAAAGUCAAAGAAGAGUAAAAAGAAGGUGACUUUAAAUACGGCGGAAACAGAAGACGACAAUAAGAGGUCGGACAGAGAGGGACCUGAAAAUACGUCAGCUGGAGAAACAGAUAGACCGGAGACCGAUGGGGAAAGACAUGACCGCGAUUCUGGCAGUAACGGCGAAUCGGACGCGUCGCAACACUCGCAGUCAUUUGAGCUGCUGCAUAGGGAGGAUCUGGACACCGGCGACGAGCAGGACGAUCACGAGGAGCCUCCUGAUCAAACCCAAGAGGAGGAUAAAGACAGUAGUGGUCAUGAGGCUCAAGAGAGUGCAGCCACAUAAAACUGCUCCUUGCCUUCUUGUUUCUGCUGUUGUUCAGGUGUAAUAUCUUAACUUUGCAAUGUUAGUGAACCGCCCUCUGGAAAAAAAUGACCUGUCUCAUUACCUGUUUCACUAGAAUUUCCCAGAUAAAAUAUGGUUACUUCCAUCUGCAUUCGUAUCUUUGUAAAGCUCGUGUCUGACUAAUGCUACUUGAGAGCAGGUUUAUGAAAGGCACGUACAUAUUUUCGAUUACGAGCUCCUAUGUUAAUAACAAUAACUACUUGUUUCUACUCAGCGGCCAGAUAAUAAUUUCAACUUCUAAAACUGUCAUCCUACCAUUUGUGUUUUGUUGCUGCAAAUUAUGUUUUUAUAAAACUCGUCUGUUAUUUUUUGAAGGAAAACUGCAUUUCGAUUCCUUUCAAACCUUUUGAAUUGCUCACCCUAAUGCAAUGUAGUUUUAGAAAUUUGUUUUCAAUCUUGCAUGAAUAUGCAGUCGGUUUGCGCCCAUCUGAUGCGAAAACGUCGUGCACUGUUAUUGGAUGCGGUAACGUUGCGUGCUGUUAUUGGAUGCGGUAACGUUGCGUGCUGUUAUUGGAUGCGGUACCGUUGCGUGCUGUUAUUGGAUGCGGUACAGUUGCGUGCUGUUAUUGGAUGCGGUACCGUUGCGUGCUGUCAUUGGAUGCGGUAACGUUGCGUGCUGUCAUUGGAUGCGGUAACGUUGCGUGCUGUCAUUGGAUGCGAUAACGUUGCGUGCUGUUAUUGGAUGCGAUAUCGUUGCGUGCUGUUCUUUAUCACAAAUUGUUCGAGAUUUUUCUGUGACUACAGACUAUUAACUUCUGAAUCUCAAAAAUGCUACUUUGCCAUUGUGCAAAUAGUUAGGAGUUGGCCUAAAAUUGCAGAAAAUCUUUUAGUCUAAUUUAUUAGUCCCCAGGUUAGGUUAGUAUGGUUGUAAUUCCGUUUUGAGGGACUAGCGUAUUGAGCAGAGUUCAUUUUCAACGGAAGCAUGUAUAGGUUUUGCAUAAAGCUACAUUUGGAUAAUGUUGGCAAAUGAGUGGAUUAAAUAUAGAACUUAUAGAAUAAAACAUAUUUAUUUUCUCAUUUACAUUGUUCAUGGUAUCAGAAAAUAACGCUGUCAUGCAGUUCAUCGGCGAAUAAAGUAAUUUAUUUAC